AUGCCUCCACGAAUUGUCACUAUCCACGUGCGACACGUUACCGAUCUUCCCGCUCUUUCUCAACCUCUUGGUUCGGUAUUAACAUCUGGCAAUUUCGAUGAUUUCAUACGCUUCACUGAGCAUCAGCUAUCUCAAGCAAGCCAGCAAAGCGACACCCCCAGCACAAACCACAGUUCUGAUGGCCCUGUCUCUAGAAAACUACACGUACUCUUCGUCCAAGGUAAUAUUUCUCCACGGGGAGUACUAGAAUCGCUCGAUGAAAAUUUUUGGGUCCGAGUUCUCCGAAUCUACGAUGAGGAGGUCGGCAUGAUGUAUCCAUUUCUUGAUAUCGACCGGUUGAGUCAUGAAUUGCUUCAGAGGAAAAGAGGUAUCUUUUUAGAGGAUCCCCCUUCUAGUAGCCUUUGUGGUGAGCAGAUCGAAAUUAUUGCUUUCCUGGUACUGGCCAUUGUUUCAAGUUUCGAAGGCUCCAAGGCUGUGGAAAUAACGAACCCUCUUGUGGAGAAGGCUUUUACUUCGACCAUCCCCAAGAUAUACCUAGGGCCCCCUAGCCUGAGCGACUUAACGUUACUGAUUUUGGUCUGUAUAUUUUUCUUUCUCAACGACCGCGAGAAGGAGGCCUGGAGAAUAAUAGGCAGCGUCUUAAGGCUUGUGCACGAACAAAGCUGUCAAGAAGAAGAAGUCUCCGCCAAAAGCCUUCCAGAUACUUUUUUCUGGUCCCUUUACACCCUGGAUCGAAGAUGGAGCUUCGGCACUGGCCUACCGUUCGCACUCCAGGACUCUGAAAUCAUUCGACAACCACUAGCAACGGACGACAGUAGCCUUUCAUUAGCCUACCUAAAAGAGAUGGUUUCGUUUUGCCGCAUUGCGUCAGAUGUGCGAAGUUAUUUUCUCGGCACCUUGUCAUCUAGCAUCCAUGAUGCUGGCCUGACUCAGGAUUAUCUGCAGUUUCGAGUGAAUCAAUGGCAGCAAAACCUGCCACACCGACUAAGAUUUAACAGCAUCCACGACAAGUUGAAUGCGACAGUCGAGAAGCGUGGAGACUACAAGCUUCGAUUGAUGCUUUACUUGCGAGCAAAUCAAAUGCAGACAAUUAUUCUCCGUAAGGCCGCCAGUCGCUUCGGAUCUAAUAAUAUCGACACCACGAACUUCGAAAUCAUGAUCAGGGUUGCUCGAGACUCAAUACAAGUGUUAGCUGGACUAGCGAGGGAGACCGACAUAUAUCAUGCUCAACACAAGACGUUUAACCAUUUUCUAGAGACUGCUUUGUCUUCCCUACUUCUUGUUUCUUGCUAUGCAAGUCCCAAUCAGAGCAAGUCUUGUCUUGAAGAUGUGGUUAUAGCAACACAGUUAAUCCACCGCUUGGCGAGAGAAUCUUUGAUCACGAGGAGGCUGAAGGAUAAACUAAAAAGCAUACGGAAAGCUACUGACGAUCUGAGGUCUAAAAGAUGCACGGAUGACAUGACUGAGAAACACGACUCGACCGUCGCUGGGGAUAGCCUUCAGCCAGUGCCGAGUACAGUGACACCAAGAGCGGACCAAGACUUUAGCUUCUUGGAGGAGGACGCGAACCCUCUUGCAGGACAUAUGACGAACUCUAUAGGGGAUCCAGCCUUACCGAAUGGCACUGGAACGGCGAAUAUCCCAAUUGGUCUUUUUGACCUAGAUACUGUGGAUGCCACAUGGGCAGACACUGACCCGUCAUUGUUCACUAAUCUGAGUCAAAUUCUUGGUAGUUGCGAAGAUUUUUCAUUCUUCUAG